AUGGCCUGCUCUGCAAUAAAAACUAUAUUACCUAUAGAGCCCACGAAUUCUAAACCUGAAAAGAUACUUCGUGCACUACCCAAUCAUGAUAAGUCAGAGACUCGUGGCUUUGCCACUCUCAAGAAUAGUAUUAGGAAAACG